CUAGAGAACACCAAUUGUAAGAAAAGUAAUAUUAAAGCAAUUAUUAUUAACUUCUAUAAUGACUUAUAUUGCAGCAACUGAUCUACAAUCCCAAGACCAAUUACAAUAUUCAGAUCAUAAUAAUACACAAUAUUAUACAAUACAUGAUAUGGUGAAUAUGAUGCAACAGAUGAGUCAUAAAAUUAUGAGUGUGUACAAUCAGAUGACAUUUAAUCAAAAAGAGUUGAGCAUUAUUAAACUAGAUGUAAUAAAAAAUCAAGAACUCUUAACUGAAGUCAUUGAUAGAUCACGCCUUCAAGUAAUAGAUAACUCAUUUGAUCGAUCUAAAAUUGAUAUACCACUAUUGAAUAUGGACCAACUUAACGCUCUCGAAGAAAACGAUGAACAAAAACAAGUUUUAGCUCAUAUCAUACGCAGACAUGGAAAGUCUUUUGAUGCUAAACGGACAACAUAUCAAAUAAUGAAAAUGGUGAUCGAUAAUCGUUUAGCUGAAGGGUUGAAUAUGGGAGGAAAAAGAGGGGAAAAACGGGCAUUUGGGCGACUAGCUAUCUGCACUUUAAUAAUUGGUAAUAACUAA